AUUGGUGUUGAACUGAUGGACUCAGCACAACACAUAGCAUCAGCAGCUCGUUCUUCAUCCAAUGAGUGAAGAAGCAUAAACAGCCCCACAGUUUCGAAGUUGUUAUUUUCUUUCCCCAGAAGAUGGGGGGAAAGGGGAGAGGAGGGAACUUGAUGGUGGGGAAAAGAGCAGGGCCCUCUACUCCAUCAACUGCUUGGCCACAUUUCCACUCGUCUUCUCAAAAUCCUACUCAUUUGGUUUCUGCCAGAAAACUCUGUGCCCACUUUUGGCGACUUCAACCGCCUCAUUACUCGGUUUCCAAUAUGCCUCCCAAGCUUCGUCUUCAACGUUUUAAAGAUAAGGCUUUUGAUGCUGAUGUUGAUCAUCCCCUUCAUCAGGUGGCACCUUAUAAGCCUGCAAGCACACCUUCUAAUUCUUUGGGAUUUAAAGAAACGCUCGAGGGAUCUUCAGGUUAUAAGGUUAAGGCAUCAAUGGAGUUGCUGAAGGUGCUCAAACGAAUCUGGGCUCUCGAAGAUCAGCACGUAUCGAACGUGUCGUCGGUAAAGGCUCUGAAAAUGGAACUCGACUUUUCUCUGGCUCGGAUCCAAGAGUUGCAGUUCACGAGGCACAAGGAGCAAGGUAGAAUCAAAGUUGUCAUUCAGUCACUGAGAGACAAGCUAGAAAAUGAGGGAAAGUUACGGAAGAACUCCGAGAUAUCGCGCCGAAAGCUAGCUCGAGAACUCUCCGAGGUGAAUUCUUGUUUCGUCGACGCAUUGAAAGAACUCGAGAGAGAAAGAAAAGCACGUAUUCUACUGGAGAAUCUGUGUGAUGAAUUUGCUAGAGGUGUUCAAUGCCUAAAGCACAAGCAUGUGGUUGAUGAUGGGGGAAAACCUGGGCGACUAAUUCUCCAUAUUUCAGAGGCAUGGCUCGAUGACCGCACGCAAAUGAAGCCUGCAGGAAUGAAUUCGAUUGUCGACAAGUUAAGCCUCGACAUACAUACUCUUCUCGAUGCAAAAUGUGAAGAAGAUUCAAGUGGUGACGAACAACGUGAUGAACUUAACGAAACUGUAAAGGCGAGGUCUCAGGGUGAUGGCAAGGGAAGUAAAGUGAUUCGAUCUGUAUAUCAAGGUCGUGGUAGUUUGGUUCAACGAUGGGUAUCGAAGUUGAAAUCCGGAGAUUUCGAAACAUCUACUUAUUCUCAGAAAUUGCGAAAAGAAUCCAUUCAAGGCAAGAUUACCAGAAGCAAGACUAGAAGGCCAACAAUAGUUUAAUAGACUGUACAUUAAAAUUUUAGGAGCAUCGAUAACACCAUUCACUGUUUUCUAAUAUGAACAAAUGUUUCUAGAAUUGCUACGAUUUGAUAAUAUGCCAAAGAAACGAAAUGGUUUGCGCUU